AUGUCAUCGCUACACAGCACGGGUGUCACAGUGCCAGGUCAGAAUAUCCCCUUGGUACCCAGAGUCACCCGAGCCACUUGGGCUUGGCUUGCUGACUGGCAGGACAAGGCCAGGCUGUCCAGGGUGACGACCAGCGAGGGAACCUUCGGUCCACCUCGGGCAAAAGAAAUGCAGGGGGAGCUCUCUCCCGCAGAAACACUGUCCCUGGCUGCUCCGGACGAGCUGGGGCAGUCAGCAGAGAUGGAGUGGGAUGGCCAGCCUGGCAGGGACGCACACAAGACCAGACGAGUCCCUGCUGUUUCCAGCGAGAAGGCAGGCGAAGGCAGUGGAUUCUCAUCUCUCUGCUUUCCCCAGAAGCUGUGGAAAAUGGCGGAGAGCGACCAGUUCCAGUCCCUUUGGUGGAGUGAGGGUGGAAAAUGCCUGGCCAUCAAUGAAGAGCUCUUCAAAGAGGAGGUGCUGGGCAGGGGAGGACCUCUGCGGGUUUUUGCCACACACAGCAUGAAGAGUUUCACUCGACAGCUGAACAUCUACGGGUUCACCAAAAUGCAGCGGGAUGCCAAGAGAUCUGCCUCCCUGCCCGAAUUCCUGGCAGAAGAAGCAGCAGCCUCCGCUCACAGCAAGGUACAGCAGUUGCUCUGCACAUCAACCGACCCUCCCAAUAGUCUUGGGGGAGAGACGGACCUCCCUGUCAGAUAA